UUGAUUGUUGCAGAGCUCAAUGGCGGACAGAGCAGUAUAGUCGCGUUGACGCCGAGGACAAAAACGUUUCGACUGGGUGAAUUCCUGUCGCGACUCGGUCCGUCGCCGCAUGUCUGCGGGUGCAGACUGGAAUAAUUCUGCAUCUACAUUACAUCUACGUUUUUACAUUAAACUAUAUUUCUUUUCGUCUCCUACCGUUAGCUUUCUUCGGUUCCCAUCCCGAGCGGAGAAGUUAGACUGUUCAUGGUGGCUCAUUAGAGUCAGCAACUAGCUCGUGAGCGAACCAUGGGGGACUCUCUCGAAUUGAUCGGGAAGCGUCUGCUUUUGCUCCUCGACGAGAAUAGGUCCGCAAAUGGAACCGAACCGGAGCAGGCUGCUUGGGCACGGGAAUGGCUACAGGGAACGGUGCGGGCAGUGAGCGUCAUUGGCCUGGCCGCCCCGGAGGUUAGCGGAGGAGGGGAGGCGACAACAACAACCACUGCUGCAGGGCUGACGGUGUUUCUGGAGUUCGAAAACACGUCUCUGCCAUGUUCUUGGGUACAAGUGUAUGAUGAGGGGGUGAAGGCUGUUUUGGUUGAAGACUCCAUCGUUUGGGCCAGCCGUAAUGAUAGUACGGGGUCAGCAGGAGCUCCAGCAUCAGCCACAGCUUGGCCUGCUCUGGCUUUCCGCUCACUAGUGGACAGAGUGGGUUUAGGUUCCCUGGUUCCUGUGGAGUACUUUGGAAGCAGGAAAUUUGAAUUCCUGCCUGAUAACAAAGCUGUCCAGAGGUUUGAGGUUGAUAAAGACAUCAGACACCCUUUGCUGUUGGAGCAUCCCUCUCUGCAGGCUGCUGUCUCCAGUUGGCGUACUGACUUUGAACUGCAGGAGAUCUUCAGGAAGGGUUCAUACACCAUCCAGGGACGCAGGGUUCGUGUUUAUCAGCCAGAGUUUGAAGAGUGCUGGGCCUUGGGGCUGGUAUCGCAACAUGACCCUAUCUCACAUAUUAUGGAGAUUACCUUGGAUAAGGGGGAAGAAAAUCAGAUGGUAGACCCUCGUGUGAUUCAUGUCAUGUUAACAGAAGAGGAGCUUGGUAAGAAUGGGCGACGAAGGAAGGACAGUGAGACAGCGAAAGGGGAUGGUGCACGCCGGCGUAGAACUGCAUCAGAGGGUGAGGAUGACUUAAACUUGAAACGGUUUAAAGGUGCAGGAGAUUCUGAAACGGAUGCACAAAACAGUGACGACGCCACCAAAACUCCUGUGGAAGGGAUGGGGAUCUGGGUUGGAGACUCUGAAAGAGUCAGCAGCACAACCAAUAAUGGGAGCUCUUCAGAGAGAACCUCUCCUCAGGGGAGCGUGUCGUCCCCAAACACCAAUUCCUCACUCCAGAUGGACCAAUCAAACACUACUACUCCUCGUUAUCCCACCCACGUCAAAGAAAAUGGUCGCACCGUCUCUACACAAGGAGCAGCAGACUCUACCACUACCAUCUCUCUCACACCCACCCCACCUCCCCUCAAACCAGCCCCCUCUCCUUUCUCCACCACUUCGUUUCCCUCACUAGGCCAGAUGCCAGUCUUGGUGCCUGGAGCUCCAGCCCCAAAGGUCUCCCCAUCCCCCCAACCAGACAGAGAGGAGGCCUGCCAAUCAGCUUACUCUAAAACAGCGGCUCUUGUCUCCCCGGGGCCUGUCACCAUUUCUUGGUCACAAGACAGCGGCCCCAGUGUGGCCCUGUCUGCACCUGUGGGUUUCAGCUCUAAAGCGCCCACCUGGGGAAGCCAGACUGAGGGCUCUAAAACGGCACCAGGUUUUCGUUUGUCCCAAGCUGUGCCCACUGCUCCUGUAUUUGGAGACGUUACCUCUCAGACCAAUGGAGCCCCCAACACUACCGCAGCUUCCCAGGAUACUUCCAAGCCUUUCGGUUUUGGCUUUAGUGGAACCAAGAAUGAGACUCUGACUAAGCAAGACCAAAACCUGUUUUUUCAGUGCAUGACCCAGAAUUCUGGCCCCAGCCCAAGCUUAACUGCUAGUCAGACCCAGUCCAAGGACACAAAUUAUUUUACUGCAGUGUCUGAAAGUCUGAGUAAAGAGCCUCCAAGCCUUUUUAAGCCAGCAACUUCCACUGAAGGACUGAAAAAGCCUGAGCAGCCCAAAGUGCCUGAGGCUCCUCCAGCAGGAAAUGGUGUUCUCAACAAGUCAGCCUUCCAGGGUUGUUCUCAAGGAGGACGGAGUCCUAGCUUAACUGUUGGUGAACUUGGUAUAGCCUCUGGAGCCCAAAGUGCUACUAACAAGAACAGUAAUAAUGGAACUUCUGCAGCAGGCUUAGGGCUGCAGUGUAGCUCGAAUUCCUCACAAAGCCACCAGAACAUUUUUUUGCAGGCCUCCAAAGAGCCUGCUAAUCCAUUUCUGGCAUAUGGGGAUAAAACUGCCCCCACAUCUUUUGUUGGCCUAACUGGGACUGAGCCACAGACUGUGGGUGCAACAGUGGAUAGCAGGUCUAACCUGUUCACUAUGGCAGAGCCAUCUAAGGGGAUUUUGUCCUCCACUUUCCCAGCAUUCCCAGCUGCUGGUUCAGUCAGCUCUUCCUCCUCUCCAGCACCAUGUCAGACAUUACAAAGUGAGGGGACUGUAACAAAAGAGGAAACUGAAGAGAUGCCUACAUCCACCUCAAGCUGCCCCAUGUUUGGAAGUACUACAUCUGGUGGAAUGGAGGAUGUGCCUGUGUCCUUUGACCAGAGCCAGUCUCAAAAGUUCAGCCUUGAAGACAGAGCCCAGUCGUCUAAGCAUGACUCGGACUCCAGUAGCAACAGUGACUUGUCAGACCUCAGUGAGAAUGAAGAAGGUCUUGAGAAAGGCCAGCUCCCUGGAGGACCCCCUCAUCACUCCAAGGAUGGAGCCAUUCUGCCAAAAUCUAAAGUCCAAGGGGCUCCUAAGGGCCGUCCACGUAACAAGCCUUUUAAAGUGGGCCAGUCAGUAUUAAAAGAUCAGAGCAAGGUGCGGCGUCUGAAGCAGUCUGGCGAGUCCUUCCUCCAGGAUGGCUCCUGCAUCAGUGUGGCCCCCCACUUGCACAAGUGCCGUGAAUGCCGACUGGAGCGCUACCGUAAAUAUCGAACUACAGACGACGAGAGUGAUGAAGACGACGACCCAAAUGUGGCCUGUCGUUUCUUCCACUUCAGAAGGUUGGCCUUCACUCGUAAAGGUGUGCUGCGUGUGGAAGGCUUCCUAAGUCCUCAGCAGAGCGAUUCCAUGGCUAUGGGUCUCUGGUUACCUGCACCAGCUGUCCAAGAGGGCCUUGAUCUUGAUACAUCCAAGUACAUCCUGGCUAAUGUAGGAGACCAGUUCUGUCAGUUGGUCAUGUCGGAGAAGGAGGCCAUGAUGAUGGUGGAACCACACCAGAAAGUGGCGUGGAAACGUGCUGUCCGAGGUGUCAGAGAAAUGUGCGAUGUAUGUGAGACAACCUUGUUCAAUAUCCACUGGGUGUGUCGUAAGUGUGGCUUCGGAGUAUGCCUGGACUGCUAUCGGCUCCGCAGAAACAGGCCAAGGGAAGAUGUAGAUGAAACACCAGAGGAUGAGGUUUUCGCUUGGUUAAAGUGUGCCAAAGGCCAACCCCAUGAGCCACAAAACCUCAUGCCUACGCAAAUUAUACCUGGAACAGCUCUUUACAACAUAGGUGACAUGGUGCACGCUGCAAGAGGCAAGUGGGGUAUAAAAGCCAACUGUCCCUGUGCCAAUCGACACACAAAGCCUCUAGUACGGCCUGCUGCCCCCAAUGGCAUUUCACAGCAGUCUACAACAAGCAGUGGGGGUGGCCUUACAGUUGCAGCCUCUAGUACUGGCAUUACUCCAAAAUCAGAGGCAGAAGCAUCGGUGAUCAAAACAGAAACUUCACAAACCGCAACACCUUCAGACAGUGGGGGUGGGGAAAAUGUGGCCAGUACCAGUAACUCUACCAGUGGCACAUCUUCCCCUUGCAACGUCACCCAGUCCUCUUCCAAGGACUCACGCUCAUCAGGAGAGGGUAACAGUUCUGCUCUACACUGGUUGGCAGACUUGGCCACACAGAAAGCCAAGGAUGACACCAAGGAAUCUGGCUCAUUUCGCUCCAUGAUGAGCCGGGAAAGUCGGCCUCCCUUUGGCCUGGACUCACUCAGUGCCCUGUCAAAGCCUUCUGCUUCCAGCCCUAAGCUAUUUAACAGCUUGUUACUGGGCCCCAGCAUGUCCCAGUCAAAACCAGAGGGGUCCAGUCUCCGGGACCUGCUCAACUCCGGACCGGGAAAACUGCCACAGGGCCCUGGAGAAAGUGGGGUACCAUUCCCCUCCGUUUUUACCUCAACAAGUAGCGACAAAAUGAAGAGCAGCCUACCGAACUUCCUGGAUCACAUCAUCGCCUCAGUUGUGGAGACCAAGAAAGCAGAAGGCCGUCGCUCUGGGGCUUCUGAAGGUGGCGAACUUGCUGUAAUGGGGACUCGUAAAGAUGGAGUGAUGGGUCUUAGUGUUUUGGAGCCACAUACCUCUCACUCCUGGCUCUGUGAUGGGCGACUCCUUUGCCUUCAGGAUCCCAGCAACAGCAACAACUGGAAGAUCUUCAGAGAGUGCUGGAAGCAGGGACAACCUGUUCUGGUGUCGGGGAUACAUAGACGGCUGAAAAGUGAGUUGUGGCGACCUGAUGCCUUCAGUGAGGAGUUUGGAGAUCAGGAUGUAGACCUGGUCAACUGUAGAAAUUGUGCUAUUAUUUCUGAUGUGAAGGUGCGAGAUUUCUGGGACGGCUUUCAGAUCAUCUCCAAGCGACUGCAAGAUAAUGAUGGCAGCCCCAUGGUUUUGAAAUUAAAGGACUGGCCUCCUGGUGAAGACUUCAGAGACAUGAUGCCCACAAGGUUUGAUGAUUUAAUGGAAAACCUCCCCCUGCCUGAGUACACAAAAAGAGAUGGUCGUCUAAACCUUGCUUCUCGUCUUCCCAACUUUUUCGUGCGUCCUGACCUUGGACCAAAGAUGUACAAUGCCUACGGUUUAAUCUCAACUGAAGACAGGAAGGUGGGAACAACUAAUCUCCAUCUGGAUGUGUCCGAUGCUGUCAACGUCAUGGUUUAUGUUGGGAUACCUCAUGGAGACGACAACCAUGAGGAAGAGGCAGAUAUCUCUGGACGGCAAGAGGUCAUGACCACCAUUGAGGAAGGGGAUGUGGAUGAAAUGACAAAGAGAAGGGUGCAUGAGGGAAAGGAGAAACCUGGAGCUCUCUGGCACAUCUAUGCUGCCAAGGAUGCUGAGAAGAUCCGAGAGUUGCUCCGCAAGGUGGGAGAAGAGCAAGGUCAAGAGAACCCCCCAGACCAUGACCCUAUUCAUGACCAGAGCUGGUACUUGGAUCAGGUACUUCGCCGCCGGCUAUAUGAAGAAUACGGCGUCCAAGGCUGGUCCAUUGUUCAGUUCUUAGGAGAUGCUGUGUUUAUCCCUGCUGGAGCUCCACACCAGGUACACAACCUGUACAGCUGUAUCAAGGUGGCUGAGGACUUUGUGUCUCCUGAGCAUGUGAGGCACUGUUUCAGACUGACACAGGAGUUCAGACACCUGUCGACAACUCAUACAAACCAUGAAGACAAACUACAGGUGAAGAACAUCAUCUAUCACGCGGUGAAGGAUGCUGUCGGGACAUUGAAGGCCCACGAAUCUAAGCUAACACGCCCUUAGUCUGUCACCCCAAACAACCAGCUGCUGAAGACCACUCCACUACGUACACACGGCACACAUCAGACACCUGCAUAAGUACAAGCUGCAGCGUACAAAGAUGGUGUCGGUUGUUUGGGGAUGUCAAAGUUUGGGUUUUGGCCAAGAGAACAUUUCGUUUGGGGAGGGAUUAAACAGGGAGGGGCUAAUCAAUGCUUCGAUAAAGGAAGUCCUUUAUCGCUGUUUCACAGUACGCUCAAACUUGUCUAGUUGUUUUCAAAUUUCUUUCUUUUUUGAUUAACAUUGUAUUUAAGGUCAGUGUGUUCUGUUUUCAUUGUAUAUGUAAGAUGUGAGUAAGGGAGGUAAAAGCUGACGUGCCUUUGAAGCAGAGGUUCAGCAAUGAUAUAAACAACUGAGUAAAUGUGAGUACUGGGCUAACUUUCCUAUUUUGAUGACAUUGGUAUUUUUCUUCGAUAGCAGCAAUGUUGACCUGUUUUUGUAGAUUUUUUUUUUUAAGUUUUUAAACAGCUGAUUGUUUCUGCCCUCUGUGGCUGAAAUGAAUUUGAAAGCAGCCAGUCAAGGGAAGCAGACCAAAGUUUUGUAUUUUUAGUUUUCUCAUUUCUCUCUCUUUUUUCUUUUUUUUUUAACACAGAAAGGUAAUGAGAGUAUCAGAGAGGGCAGUUUAAUUUUUUUUUUAACAGAACUACUGGCCAUUAACAUUGUGUCAAUAUAUAUAUUGAUCUUAGCAGUCUGUUUGAUUUUUUUUUCACAAUAAAGUUUACAAAAACAUCA